AUGCAACUGAUUAGUAUACUUUUAAGCUCUAUUCUUAUAUUAAUUAUUGCUUUUCAUCGGACUCUUCGAACAAUUCCCAAUUUAUUAACGGUUAACUCUAGUUUGGCUAUAUUUAUAUAUGCUUUAAUACUUAUUGCUCAACUUAUUGCAGGAUUACAAUCAAUAAACAAAGAAAAGGAAGAUAUGUGUAUAUUUUUGUCUUAUUUUACAGCUGUAGCAGCAGAUGCCAUAUGCUAUUCAUAUCUUGUCACUGCUAUAAGUCAAUAUUUUUUCAAUAUUUUAUAUCGUCGGAAAUACUUACUAACAUUUCGUACACAUUGGAUAAUUAUUUGUAUUAGUUGGUUUAUCAGUUGUCUUCUUCCGCUACUUUUAUGUUUUCCCAAUAUAUUACAAUAUUCAUCUGAAAUGCACAUAUGUUCUUUGAAAUUAUCUUUUCAAUGGAUUACUUUCUGUUAUAUGGGCACAGCCAUUGGUAUACCUUACUUUGGUAUUAUUAUUAUUUAUCGAUAUAUUGUUCGUCAUACACGACGUAUAAAUACUAUGGCUAUCGCUACAACAGCGACUCAAACAGUAUCAAAUAGAGAUUUACGUGUUCUCAAAAAUAUACUUACAUUAAUUGGUAUAUUGGGUACAGCUGGACUACCGAGUCUUAUUCUUCUUAUAUGCAAUGCAAUUUCACCAGGUCAAGCACCUGUUCCACUUUAUCUUUUUUGCACUCUUACAAUUAGUUUUUGCACAAACAUACAGAUUUCAUUUAUUUUUAUUAUGAACAAAAAAGCACGAGAUAUUUUUUGGAAUCGUAUCCGUCGUAUAUUUCAUUAG